AUGAUGAGUCCCUUGCUGUCGCUGUUAAUGCUUUGCGUGCUUCCGCUGGAAGCGAGCGAGCCUGCCCCAGCCCCUAAAGGAGCCUUUGAGACGAUUUUAGACAUCAAUCUUGGGAAAGGUUAGUUACGCUGAUUUCCAAUUUCCUUUGAAGAAGAAAAGCUCACAGAUAAUGAUCACCUCGAAUUGCAUGCCGCGCUAAACGUGAUUUUGACUUAUAAACAUACAGAUGAUGUAGAGAGUACGCACACCCCAGCCAGUCUCUUUGAAGGAGAUAUUAAAUUAACAGAGGAACAACGAACGAAUAACAUGCUAUUCGGAAACCCAGAAGGAGGCACGUCACGAGCUGCAACUAAUGUGGACAAAAUCAAAUGGCCUAAUGGAGUCAUCCCUUACGAGUUUGAUUGUAGUGUAGGUGAGUACCUCAGGGGUUUCUCAAGCUUUUACAAAUACAGAUCUGCUACCUACACAGAGCCGCAGUUGUCGCUCCAUGUCAGAGAAUGGAUCCGGAUUCCGGAUAAAUGGGAAAUUUUUGCUUUUUGAACCCGGAAUCCCAGGCUUUGGAAUCCGGAAUACAGCUCAAGGAGUCCGGAAUCUCGCUUCUGAUUGGAAUCCAGAAUCCAAGCGCCAUUGAAAAAGGAUCCGGAAUCCAUGGCCUGGAAUCCAGAAUGCAAGACUGUCUUGGAUUCCCUUACAUAUGGGACGAGUAGUUGGCAAAAAUUGUGAUGUCCAAAUUAAUUUUUAAGCUGUUGUUCCUUUUUAGGCAUCUUAGAUGCUGCCUUAAUUUCCUGCUGUAAAUUGUUUCUUUUUCGUUUUCCAGGGGCGUCUAAGUCUCAACGCUACCUUAAAAAACUCAGAAAUAUCAUAAGAACAAAAAAACGCUAAGUUAUUCUUCAGUGAGUGUCUCUAUACAUUGCUAACUUUUAUGCUCCAUAAUGAAUGUCACUAUAUAAAACCAGACGAGGAUUAUUCAUACAAAUCUGGAGAAAAAAUUGAGGGCUGCCAUCUCCAUGAAAAGGCAAUUGGGAAACAAUAGAGAUGGCGAACAUAAUCAUUUUGACUAUUUGUGUACGUUCGUGUUUCAUUCAGCUAACAUGGAUCGUGCAGUGCGAACUACAAUGCAGGCCAUUGCUGAGUGGGAGAGCAAAACAUGUCUUAGAUUUGUGAAGAGGACAACUGAAAAGGAAUACCUGUGGUUUCAUCGAGGAAAUGGGUAGGAAUCAAAUUGCGCGUUGUUGACCGAUUUCGUUUAAAAUCAAUCAAUUACAUCUGAGAUUUGUCUUGAUACAUUUAUCACGUGACCAGACUUAUGUUACUUAUGACGUUAUAUCACGUAACCAUAAAGAACUAACUGUCUCUAAAUUUUGCUGAGGUUUUCCUUAAGUUUUAAAGUGCAGCUAUUGUAGACAAUAGUUUAAAGAAAAGAAUGGGUACAACAUACAAGCUAAAACACAAAACUGAGGGCACUCAAAAAGUAGUCUGGGGACUGGGAGACAUCCGAUCCACUUCACAAACCCCGUUGUAUAUAUACCGAAGUGGUAAGUGUUUUAACAACUUUUUUAUAGCUGCUGGUGUGAGGUUGGUAAAGUGUAUGGCCGUGAAACGUGGCUAUCCAUUGGCAGUGGAUGUGAAUACAAGCAUGUGAUGACGCACGAGAUUGGACACGCCAUUGGCUUUUGGCAUGAACAGAGCAGACCUGACCGAGACAACUACUUGAAAAUCAACUGGGAAAACAUUCUGGACAGUACGUUUUCAACUGAAAAGUAGCAGUUAUCUUAUUAUAAUCUAACGAAGCCAUGAUAAAGCUUAAACCUAGACAAACAGCCGUGCCGGGUCUGCGGGGCGGGGGGUGGGGUUUCUGGGUCCUCAGGUCCCCCAGAAAGGAGCCAUCAGAUCAUAAAUACAUACAUAUUUACAACGGCGAACCAAGUAACUAAAAGUGCUUUUUAACUAAAUUGCCCAUCAAUAAUAAUAAUAAUAAUAAUGAUAAUAAUAAAUUUAUCCGGCACUCUAUAGCCCAUCCCAUGUUCGCAAUUCCCGCGUAAUUCGCAUUCUUUGGAAAUCAAACAAAUGCUAUGCUGUAGGUCAAUCAAGCCAGCCUGCGACGAAACUGAAGUUAUGAUGUUACCAUCAUUUCAUCGUUUAUUAUUAUUUAUUAUUAUUAUUAUUAUUAUUUAUUUAUUUGUUGUUUUUUUUUAAGACAUGGCCUAUAACUUCAAAAAGAAGGUUUACGGAAGUGAAGUAGUUGAUUAUGGAGUCCCGUACGACUACGCCUCCAUCAUGCACUACCCGUGGACGGCUUUCUCCAAAAAUGGCAAAAAGACCUUGGAGCCCAUCCGACCCCUUAACGGAAAGACCCCGUAUGUGAAACUAAGUGACGAUGACGCAUUACAGGCGCGCAGGAUGUAUAAAUGUUCUGGUGAGAAAAUAAGAAAUCGCUCCAUGUAUAGGAAUCCAGCCAAUUUUUGUUCGUGGAAUCGGAGAUCCUGGGCUUUGGAAUCCGGAAUACAGCUCAAGGAAUCCGGAUUCCCACUAACAAUUGGGUCCGGAAUGCAAUUUCAGCUUCCGGUUCAAAUCUGACAGCUUCUUCCUCGCUUCUUUAUAAUUAUUUUACAUCUGCAUGUAGCCUUUCGUUUUGCAAGUUGUAAAUAAAGUUAUUGAUUCCGUACAGCAAAAAUUGCUGAGUAUUGUUUAAUAGAGAAGUUACGUUGUUUAAGCUUAAAGCUAAUGUUUGUGUUGUGAAUUUGCCGACUAAUAACUGACAGUAUUACAUGCGCUGUGUUUGCUUAUAGGACGUAAAAGAUCCGUUGCACUUGAUGAAAGAAUCGAAAGAAUCAAUUCAGGUAGUAGUCUUUUUUCAACACUUUUAUCUGUCAAAUUUACAUUAUGUAAGUAGUUUGACUUUUCGAGGGUGACCAUGUUUUUCUUAAGGCCACAUAGACUGACUAACUGAGCCACAUAAAUCUUAUUAACGAAACCACCCCGAAAGCAACUGAUUUGCACUUAAAUAGAUGCUUUUAUUCAUUCAAGUUCAACACAACUUUUUAUUAUAUAUUAAUCAAUUAAAUUUUGGUUUUUUGAAGAUCAGAAACAAGAACGAUGCGUGGAUAUUGCGGAAACGAGUGAAUGCGAGGGCUGGAAAAAGUCGGGAUUUUGUCGCCAACACGAAGCUCUGGUAUAUUGGUGCAAAAAAACGUGUAACCUUUGUUCUUCUGGUACGAAAAAGUGAAAAAUUUAUCGAUGAGGCUAAGAAUGAUACGAAGAAUUAUGCACAUCGUUUAUGGGGUUGUCCAUCCGCGCCGCUGUCUCCUUGUGACGACAAUUUUCCAACAAUUUUUUCCUUAUUGACCUCAAUCCUAUCACCUCAUGCAAGGGAAUCCGGAAAGUUUUUGCUUUUGGAAUCCGGAAACCUGGGAUUUGGAAUCCGAUUAACGAUUGGAAUCCGGAAUCCAAAAACCCGGAAUCCAGUACCUGAAAUCUGGAAUCCACGGCGUAGAAUCCAGGAUCCAAGUUUGUUUGGAUUCCUUAACUUCGGGCAUGAAAUCUUAAAAUAAUAAGCAAUCAAAUUUAGGCAACCUACAGAUGCAAUAUGUAUAGACAACAUUCAGGAAAAGGUUUCGCUCACUUAAUUACUUUUUAACCUAGAGCAUUUUUAAUAUUCCAAAAUUUCAAAACACCUUCUUAAGUUAGCUUUAUGAAGACGAUCUUUCAAAAAGUUCUUAAUUUUUAUGCUACUCACUUUUAAUAUUUAAUUUUAGGAUUUUUAAUGUUAUUUUAGUUUUAGUAUUUUAAUUUGAAAGGAGGACCCUCCUGAAACCACUCUUGGUGAUGGAGGCCUCCUCUUAAAAUAUGUGUUUUAUUAUUAGUAUUUGUUAGUAUUAAAUUUAAUGAGCUUGUUUUGUGGUCUCAGGGGAAGGCAUUACAUUAAGUGAAUGGUAUUAUAUCCGAUUUUCAAUUUCAGAUAGUUGCAUGGACACAAAAAUAGAUUGCCUUAACUGGAAAGACUCAAACUUAUGUACAGACGAUCAAGUUAAGAAAGACUGUCCACAUUCAUGUGGAACGUGCGGCAAUACCGGAACAGGCUGUAGUAAGUGCCAGUUUAAAUUAAAGGAAGUACUACGUUAUGCUUUAACUUUUUUCUUUUAGCGACAGAACGAAAUGUGUCAUUAAAAAGUCGACACUGAGAGGUGCAUGAAAAAAUGACUGUAGCUGAAGAGCACUUCAGACAGGGAUUAUCUCAAGUAUAAAACUCGCUUUAAUAUUUUUCGUUAACAACAAGGUGAGCGCAAAAAAUGUCGGAGUCGUCAUCACAUGUCAACUUCUUUGUUACAAUAACUGAGAGAAUCCUCGCGCGGGGUCGAGAGCUAAGGUCUAUGAGAGGAUAGACCAUGGAAACGAUGUAACAUGUCAAGCAGUGCCGGUUGUUUUGUUUCUGGUUUUUCGUAAAAAAAAUAAAGGUUAUUGUAAAAAACAAAUCGACCACAGUUUUUUUUUUUGUCUACACUCUUAUAAACCAUAGAAAUGACGCCAUAAAAUGUUGAAAACUUUGCAGCUGCAGUGAAACCACUCGCCUGCUGCUCGUGGUUCCACUUGAGUUUUGGACAUUUUAUGACGUCAUUUCUAGGGUCUGUAAGAGUGCAGACCUUGGAAAAUUGUGAUCGAUUUGUUAAAUACUAUUCUAACUAUUACUCGACAUCAGUUGCUCUAAAAGUUCCAUUUCUAUCUUAUUGCAGAUUCAACUCCACCACCAGCGACGACGCCCUCAACAAACUCCCCUGUUACCAAUAAACCAGCCACAUCUCAACCAACAAACCCACCCAUAUCGCCAAACAGCACUGGAGUAGGCGAGUCUAGAUACUGUAUUGUUUGUAAAUUCGUUAUCGUAGCGUUACUCUCAGUGGUUGGAAAAGCCUAGUUUCAAUAAGCUUACCUAGUCCUUGCCUUGUGCCAAGUCCCUGUACGGCGUUUCCCCAGUCCCUCUCGAUUUAACGCUUUUGGCCGCGUGGAAUAAUGAGGCUUAGGGACUAGGCAAGAUUUAAGCGGCAAUAAACCAUUUUCACGAUGACGACAUUUGAUUACAACUACCAGAAUUAUUAUUAUUUUUUUUGCUUUCUUAUUUAAAUUUGUCAAUCCCGCUGAGAGAACAAUAGCCCUAAUUUGUACAAAAAAAAAACUGAAGAAUUCUGGUGGUUGUAAUAAAAUUAUGUCGUCGUGCAAUUGUCCUAUUCAGUCAAAUAUCGACGUGCCAGUGAUUUGCCGCGCGACUGGAGAGACAACUCUUGAGAGCAGAGGCUAUUUUUUCGUAAGUAUUUAUCGUGAAAAAGAAGCGUUUGAGUUUGCUCGCAAAGUAAGAAUUGCUAAAAUACUGCAAAAAAUGUUGUUGGUGCUGGUUGCACGGCUUUGGUGGAUUUUAAAGUCAUCACUUUGUAAGUCUUGGGGAUGAGGAGGCAAAUAUAUUAAAUAAACUGGCGGUCUUUUUGAGCGAUUUUUGACACAUACAUCACCCAGUUUCAUCGAAAAGCAGUUAACAGCAAAGAAAAAUACCAACAAAUGCGCUCCACGUGCACACAGAAUUGUCGUUUUGCUAAAUAAUAUUAAAACGGCUGCUGUUUCGCCGUUCUGGUUGACGUCGCCGUCGUGAAGAUCUUAAACUCAAUGUCAGGCUAAAUUUUCUUGUCAUCGCUUUUUUAAAUAGGCUUGAGGUGCUUGGACAAACGCAAAAGUUGUAAAGACUGGGCUGAUCGAGGUGACUGCAUCACCAAUGGUUGGACUGAGAGAACAUGUCGGAUCAGCUGCAAAACACGCUGUGAUAACCAGCCAGUAAAGCCGAAAGGUACAAACAGCUUCUUUAUAUAUUUACUGACGAUAGGAAUGGAGGCUGUGGAAGCAACAUAAUUGCGUCUAUUUGCACGUAGCUAAAAGACUUACCGGUUUUAAACUUUACGCAACAACUCCCAAUAACAUGCAACUUGGUGUGUAAAAGGAACAACAUGUAACAUCCAAAAAUGUUGGGAGUUGGCCAACAAUGUUGCGUCUGUUUGCACCGGGCUUCAAACAUGAAUAUAGUCCAAACUUGUGCAACUAAAGCGCAGUCAGAUGAACAUAGCUUCAAAUUGUGGUUUUGAUAGGUAUAGAGAUCAAUACGCCAACAGAUAACAGUUUGCUCGACAUGUACUCACUCAUGUGCAACAGAUAAGGUUAUGUUCAUGCGCAGUUUGGUCCUUCUCUUUCAAGAUAAUCGCGACCCCAUGUUUCCCCUAAACUAAGAUCGGGAUUAAGAGCGUAAUGAUUGAACAUUAAAACAAUUGAAUCGUGUAGCAAAAUAUGGUGAUAGUUCUCAGUGAAUCGCAGACAACUUCAUUAUCCCCAUUUGCCACUUCUUUCGGUUACCGGCCAGUUUCAGCCAACCAGCGGUCGGGAAACGAUUUUGUCAAGAGAGCAUGCACAGAAUGGGACGAAGAUUCUAGUACGAGAUUAAAAUAAGAGUAACGUAAUCUAUGUAAUUUGUGUUCAGGCUCCUGCUCCGAUGGCCUCGGUCUAGGGUGGCCUGGGGACUAUAAACUGCCUGACAGUGCAUUUAGAGCCUCGACCGACUACAGGCCAGGUGAGCAUUACGUGAAAAUCAAAUACAUGUGCAAUCAUUAACAUGUAAGAAAUAUGUUUGAAAUUAAGAAAAUGUUAAACGAGCACCCACUGAAAAACUUGCGAUUUUGCACCUGUCACCAAUUGAAGAUAUAUGCAAUAAGCAAGCAUGUCUUGAUCAUGUGACAGGAACGCAUUCCAGGUGCUAUGCAUAAACUUAAAUUUCGUGAUUCAUACAUACAGGGUCGUCAAGAUAAACGUAUGUUUUAAGAUACUGUGAGGAAAAUAGCCGCUACUCCAUUUGUUCCAAAUACCAUUAAAAGAAAACCCUCGCUGGCUCUAUAAUUAGUCAUUCGCUACUAUCUACAUGAUAACAGUCAGAUUCCUUUGUUCAAACCUUUUCAUCGUCAGAUUCCUGCUCCAAGUCCUGAAUGACAACUUUUGUUAAACUGAAAGUGACCUUUACAAGGUAUUCGCACCUUUAGAAGCAAGAAGAGAAAUACCAAACGGGUUAACUUUCGCAGAGACUACUGGGACUGUCAAAAGGUACAGGGAAAAAAUGGCAAUUAGCUGACUGAAACGUUCCCAGCAACCAUCCCAGAAACAAUUGCGGGGCGCAUUUCGACUCUAGUUCCCUUUCCGUUUCUAAAAUGGUGAAUACAGUCAGGAAAUCCGGUAACUCGAACUCUGAAGGGAAACGAAAACCAGUUCGAGUUAGCGAAAAUUUCUUGUUAUCAGGAUAAAUUUCAGUGAAAUUUUGAUUAAAGGAAAGUAAAUUUAGUUCGAGUUAGAGGGGGAUUCGAGUUAUCCGAGUUCGUGUUAUCGAUGUUCUACUGUACUUAUUAAUUUGCUGAAAUACAUUUAGGAGGCAGCUGGCGAGCUUCCGCCGACAAUGCUCGUCUUUACUUCGAGGAUGAUCACACGAACAAGAGGAUUGGAUCGUGGUGUGGAAAUGAACGAGAUAACCAGUGGCUACGCGUUGAUCUGGGAAGAAGAAAGAGGAUAAGGGCUAUUGCAACACAAGGUAAAAACGGCGAAUAAGUCAAGAAUAAAUAUAAAGAGGGUUUGUUUGUUGUUUUGUGGACAGGGGGCUUAAAUUGACUUUUAACCUGCGAUCUGAGGUUCGUAUUUUCUAAUGUAUAUUUCUUUUUAUUUUAAUUUGAUCUUACAUUUUCUUUUCAAGAACCGCCAGUCUCCCUCCACCUUAAAUAAAUCGCAACUUCUGGUGGACCUGUUAUGAUCAUGACUGACAUUUCGCAUUCUUAUGACUGACGCGAAAAACUACACGUCACGUUUGCUACCGAACAGUAUCGUAAUCGGAUAAAUGUAGCCAAAAUCGAUUACCGAACAUUCUGAAACACCAUUAUAGUGCCAGGUAGAAUUCGAAUUCCGUUCGAAGAACAUAAAACCUAAUGUCCAGCCAACCAGAAGGAACACCAGAUUCCUGCCUUUUUACUUGUGAUCUGGUAGACAAGUAUAUCACGAAAUGGAGGGCACCAUGUUUGUGAGCUAAUUAGACCGAAUACUUCUGGGGUGUCGAGACAGUGUCGGUAAAAUUAAAGAAGCCCUUCAUCCUUUCAGGAUGAUCAUGCUUACCAAGCCAAAAUUAUAGUUUUUCUUCUAGAGCAGAUGUUCAUAGUUAACAGCACCCUUUAAAAAAAAGUCGUCAGAUGCUGUGAAGGUCGGGUUUUAAAUUACUGCAGUUUUGAGGUCAAGAGAAAUGUUGUAACGAAGUUUAAACGACUUUUAUUUAAUAUAACUUAAUGCGUUUGUUUUUGAAGGUCGUGAUAUGUUCCAUGAACAUGUCAAGGAAUACAAACUGGCCUUUAGUGACAACGAUUCCAACUACCAGGUGUAUCAGGAAAAUGGUAAAGACAGGGUAAGUUUCUUCCGCAGCUUAUCUUUGAUACUUGUUCACAAGAUACCCCUGGAAUUUUCUAGUGGCGUUUAGGUGUUCCGGUCACACGGAAACAUUCAGACGUAUUUCUGUUCAAAAAUUAAAACGUCAAAAUAGAGAAGAAGCCAAAUUUGUAGCCGCUACGGCCCGGCGAAGCGGUGUGAAAACUAUAACCGUCUAAAUUUUUGGACAGCGAUGGCGUGGCUGCAUUGAUGCGUGGUCACUCAGCUGAAGACGCCAUUUUGGAUUUGCUGCAGUAACGCUUUGUCCAGGAACAAAUAAUAAAACCACUAAAAAAGGUAAAAUUAAAUUAGUUCGUCAGGUUCUGUGUGAACAAAGUAAAAAGACAAAUGCAGUGGAAACCGCCCACCUUAAUUACGGCCACCCUGGUAGUAUGGUCAUCUCGUUAUUGCGGCCACUUUUGUUCUUUACAUUAAAAACGCCGUUAAUGCAGUGACGCGUUGAUACGGCCAACGGCCACAUUUUAAAAUUCCAAACGGUAGAAUGUCUUAUAAUUUCACCUCGACCCCGUUAAUACGGCCACUUGUUCGAAAUUUAGCAAAUUAACUGCCUGUGAUAUGUCAAUUUUAGUGACCUAGCACUCUGAGUCUGUUCUUGUACUGUUUCUAGACCACAGUACACAUAAAGUGCGCAUGCACUUGCUGCGUUUUAUAGCUGAAUUUGAAAAGUGUUUUGUGUACUGGAGGAAAAUUUUAAGUAGUUUUUUCAAUUACUGUACGCGAUAUCUUUAUUCUGGUUGUUUAUAAAUGCGAACUGUUGUUCAAGAAAUGCGAAUGCCAUGUAUGGUGUACUUGUCAUUCAGCCCUCAAGUCAUGAAAUUUGAACCAGUGCCCCGAUAUACCGGGGGGAGUACUCCCUUAUAUAAGCCUUACAGGUAUGUGCCGCCCCAUCGGGAAGGGGUUUGCGCCGUUUCGGUCUGAAAACGGAUAUACACUUUGCCCAUUUUGAUCUGGAAUCGGGUCUGGUUUUCGAGGGAGCUACGUACGAGAGUGUAUGAACGUAUUUACCGUUUCAAUGAAAGAAAGAAAAAUAUGCGAAUUUGAAACGGAUUCGAAUAAUUUUUUUGUUUGCGCUCUAAUCUAAGUAAUGAUAACAUAAUUUCUGCCUAAAGGCCAGGUCUGAAAACAGGUAUGGAUUUUAGAGGUCUCGUCUGAAAACGGAUGUGGAAAAUUACAUUUUUUGGUCUGAAAUCGGGUUAGGAUUUGAAGUUAGUUCCCGUAUUUAUAAUGAGAUUUAUGUAUUUGUUUACGAAGUUCAAUUUGCACUCUCUUGUUCAUGGUUAUUUAUGACCACAGCUGAAAAUAAGUUUAUUACUUACGAUGUUUUCGUCUAAUCUAUAGGUCUUUAUUGGAAACUGUGACCAUUUUACGCCGGUUCUGAAUACAUUUAAUCCUGUUACGGCCAGAUACGUCAAAAUCAUUGUCGUUAAGGCCAGCUAUCCAUGUAUGAGGGUUGAAUUGUAUGGCUGCGACGCCUAAAGAUCGUGAGUAUGUUAGUGAACACGAUCUAGAAAUCACAAAGUGAUAAUACGAUCUGCGAAACCUUAUCUUAAGUUUACUAGUCAAGAAAACUCAAAUUUUUCCUUUAGAUGUUCCUUCACCUAAGAAAAAAUGCGCCUGUACACCCAGGGGAGGGAGGGAGGGGGAGUACUGCCAAAAUAUGGGCUGUAUAGGAGUGUGUCGCUGUGAAGGGUAAGGUUUUCAAGCAGUUUACUCUGGGACAUAGUAAAUACAUCAGGGAGUUUGGGUCUAGUAUACAGUAUCAUUUUCCAGGAAACCGAUCAAUUGGUUAAAGAUUUUAGUUUAGACUACAGAAACCGGCAAUUGCCAAUCAAAAAUCAUAAAAAAAUCAAAUCGGUUUUGUUUUGGCUCGACUGUGCUAGCGACCUUAGUAGUUUCUGGAAAAAACAGCUACUCUAGGAUAGGGGGAAGGGGGAUUUGGGGAGUUUAGUCUAGUAUAGGGUAGUAAAACUCACUUGACUAGCUCUGGUAUAGGGUAAAGGUUCGAAGGUCCCAGCAGCACUUCCCCACCCACCCCCAAGCCUGUUCAUUAAAAUAAUAUCAGAAGAUGAUGACUGGCUGAUUAGAAAAGAUGACCUCCUAACAGGAAAUAUGACUGUUUUCUCUCUAUUUUUAUCCACAGAUCCACCACCGGAAAUUUCUCAGUCAACUAAUAACAUUAAUGAAACGUUGUAGAGUAUUUUAGAGUUAUGGUAGACG